AUGCUUGAAUUUAAUGGUAAUAGAUUAAUCAUACCUUAUAAUGAACUUCAAAAUAUUAGAAUUUUGAAUGAAGGUGGGUUUGGCAAAAUUUAUCAAGCCAUUUGGGUGAAUAAGUUAGGAGUGGAAAGAAAGGUAGCGCUCAAGUAUUUAAAAUCUUCAAAAGGUUAUUCUAUAGAUAUUGUAAAUGAGUUAAUUUCAUUUGAAAUAACACGUUUUGACAAUUACAUUUUACAUUAUUACGGCCUUACCCUUACGGAAUAUUCGAGAUCGCAAAAAAUUUAUAUAGUGAUGGAAUAUGCUGAAGGUGGAAACUUGUCAGAUAGCCAGUCAGAAAGUUAUAAAGAUAUUUUGUGGCAAAAGAGACUCGCAAGACUACAAUCAAUUAUAAUAGGGCCAACAGUGACUGCACCAAAAACAGGCGCCAUCUUAAUCAUCGCAAGUGCAUCUCUUUCUCCUUCUAAAAGAAAUCUUGGAAUUCAUGGCCACUUGGGCGGAAUAACUAUUCUGCAAUCAUCAGGACUAAUCAUUUUGACAAGACUAGAAUAUUAUCUAAAAGUUAGCUAG